AUGAGCAGUGGCGAACCUUUAUCAGAGACAUCGUCGUCUUCUUCAUCAUUUGUGCCAGUCGACCAGGUUCACUUGCAAGAUGCAAUACAGGUGAUUGACGAGAACAAACAUUUCAACAAGGAUAUACUUGGCUAUAUCAACAAGACAUGUCCACCCAAUAUUGGCCACAACUAUCACAUUGUGGCAGUGUUUGGCUCGCAAUCCACUGGUAAAUCUACAUUGUUAAACAGGUUAUUCAAUACCAACUUUGAUGUAAUGAAUGAGCAAAGUCGUCAGCAAACUACAAAGGGAAUCUGGUUGGCUCAAUCACCCGUUUUAUCUACUUCUCAUGGCCACGGUGCGAGUAAAUCGAGUAUCUUGGUGAUGGAUGUCGAAGGUACAGAUGGCCGUGAAAGAGGCGAGGACCAGGAUUUUGAAAGAAAAGCAGCAUUGUUUGCAUUGUCGACUUCGGAGGUAUUAAUUCUCAAUAUAUGGGAGACCCAAGUAGGAUUGUAUCAAGGUGCCAACAUGGGAUUGCUCAAAACCGUGUUUGAAGUCAAUUUGACUCUUUUUGGCAAGAGCAAGUUGGAAUCGAAAAACAAUUUGCAGUCAAAGAGCAGCCACAAGGUUUUGUUGCUCGUGGUGAUUAGAGACCAUGUGGGAAACACCCCGGUUGAGAAUUUGGCCUCUACAAUCACAAUCGAUUUGAAAAAAAUGUGGGAUUCGCUUCUGAAACCCACCGAAUUGAAGGAAUUGGCUUUUGAGGAUUUCUUUGACCUUGAUUUCCAUGCAUUGAACCACAAGAUCUUACAACCCAAGGAGUUUACUGCUGGUGUUGGUAGAUUGGGUGAUAGAUUAGUUGUUGAAAAUGACAUCUUUAAACCAGAAUACCACCACAAUAUUCCAAUUGAUGGGUGGACAUUGUAUGCGGAAAAGUGUUGGGAGCAAAUCGAAACCAAUAAGGAUUUGGACUUGCCAACACAGCAAAUUUUGGUUGCGCAAUUCAAGUGUGACGAAGUAGUAGACACUGUUUUUAAAGAGUUUUCCAACAAGUUCAAGGAGUUAUUUGCAGUGAUUGAAGAAUCACCCGACUAUGAAAAUGUUGGUGCUCUAUUCAGUGAUUUAAAGAGUGAAGUUUUGGAGGAUUACGACCAAGUUGCAGCAAAAUACAACCAGUCAGUGUAUUUACAAAAGAGACAAAAACUUGAUGAUCUUGUUAACACUAAAUUGAAAGAAGUGUUUGACGUACACGCCAAGAACUUGUUGCAACAUUCACUCACCAAAUACAAGAAAGAUCUUGUGGCAUUGAAGGGCAAGGAUUUUGCAGCAAGAUCAAAGUCGUUGUCAGAUGAAGCGUUGGAACUUGUAAUGUUGAAUUUGAGCCACAUUUCAUUGAGUGGUGCAUUUGCCACAGAAAUUUUACUUCACCAGUUUGCAUCCGAUAUAAAAGCUAUUACUUCUCAACAACAAUUUAUCGAGCUCAAUAAUAUUGUUUCCAAGGCAGUUAAGAAAUUGUCGCAAAGCUUGUCGAAACUGAUGCAGCUUCAAUUAAAUGACCCAACCGAAAAGACGUGGGAUAAUAUUCUUUACAAUUUCCACCAACUUCAAAAGGAGUUUACUAGCAAGCACAAUGGAGAUUUUGGCCUCAACACAACAGAAGCUGAGAAUGAGAAUGCAUUUGCCAAGUUUAAAUUCCAAUCAUGGGAUGCAUUUUAUCAAUUGAUUCAUAAACUGAUUACCAAGGAAAAAGUUUUGCAGCAACUUCAAACAAGAUUUGAUGAUAAGUUUAGGUAUGAUGUUAAUGGCUUGCCAAAAUUGUACCAAAACUCGCGUGAAUUAGAAGAAUCCUUUGCUGUUGCUAAAGAACACGCUCUUGGAGUAUUGCCUAUUUUGACGAUUGCCAAGCUCAGUGACGAUUCUGAGAUUAUCCCCGAUGUUGAUAUUUUUAACAAGCUGUUGAGAGUUAAAUACUCAGCUAGUAAUCGUGUUGGAAACUAUAAUGAAGAAGGAGGAGAAGAAGAAGAAGACGAAGACGAAGAUGAAGAUGAUGAUGAUGUUGCACUGAAUGGCUUUGCUGACAUUAUCAAUGAAGUUGAGAAGGCAGAAAUUAUGGCCAAGUUUAGAAAAGAGAUUGAUGCGAAAUUCAUGGAAACAAAACGUUCAAUUGUUCAGCAUGUCACGCAAAUUCCAUACUAUAUUUACAUUAUAAUUCUUUUGUUGGGCUGGAAUGAAUUUAUGGCAGUUGUGAGAAACCCAUUUACAUUUUCACUUGCAAUUAUUUUGGGUGCUUCAUUAUACAUUUUGUACACUAUGAAUUUGUUGAAACCCGCAUUGACUGUGACACAACGACUUGUUGAUGAAGUUAUUGCUGUUGGUAAAGAAAAGCUUAGAGAAGUGUUGAUUGACGAUCACCACAUCCAAGCACACAAUUUGGAUAAAAUGACAGGGAAAGUGAAGGUGGGCAUACACGAGGAAAAUGCAAAAGAAGAUGAAGACGCAACUGAUUUUUUAAAACCUAAACCAACACAAGUAGAUGUGACUUCUCGAAAUGUUGUGGAGGAAGAAUAA